CGUGGAUGGUAGAGUCCAAUGUCCUCUGUGUGCUGAGUGUGUUGCAGAAGGCCACAGCUUGUUGCAAACUUAAGCAUCAUGGUGAACUUAGCAGCGUUUGCCCGGGUCCACUGGAUGCAGAUAAUCGUGCCCAUCAGCUUUGUGGUGGGUUGGUACUGUGACAGACUACAGGACCAGAAGCUGACCGCUUUCAGGAACAAAAGUGCUUUGUACAGCAGAGAGCUGAAGCCUGGUGAAGAGGUGACCUGGAGGUAAACCCACAAUCCCCGCGUGCGUUUUACGUCUGGAGUGCGAAUGUCCCUCUCAAAUUAGAACGUUUAACAAUUCUCACAUCUUUCUUUUGAGUUGUAUCAACUAAAUGUAGUUCACCAUAAAACCUGUGUUUGUUUUUAUUACAAAUAUGUUUGUGCACAAAAAGGUUACAUUAUUUUAAAAGGUCAGUUAUUAUUGUGUACUUGGACCAAAAAAUAAAUCAAAUGUUGCCAAUUUAAAGUGGUGGUGAAACUGUAAAGUACCAACUUCUCCGCUAGAUGGCGCACCUACUCUUUAUUGUGGUUUCGUCCAUUGGCAAUGUAUUUUAAAUUACACUUUGUAUACAUUCAACCAUGAAUUGCUAGUUUUACACUAGAUAAGAGUUUUUUUCUGUCAAAUGUUGACACCAACUACAGACUCUUUGCAGUCUGAAUAAUCCCCUUCUCGAAAAGCAGCUCUGCCAAACAAAUCUGGUGAUGGAAAGAAGCACAAUGUCAACAAGUCCUCACAUUUGUAAAGUUGCAAAAAAAUAAAAAACAACCCACCUUAUCCUGCGAAGUACAUGGAACACUUCCUACAGUCACAAAUUUGGGAUACGAAUGGAUCAAGAACUCUACGGCAUCUGUGUGCUGAAAAGAGAAAUGCUUUCAGAAUACCUGAAACAACAAAACUACAGAUCAACCGGUCAGCGGGGUAGAUAAUUGGCAUUUUGACCUAUAUCUGUAUCAGCCUUUUUUUUUUGAUAACAGAACUACCGGUACUUUUAUUUUUUUAACAACAGAACUACAUCAGCAGAUAAAAUAUACACACACAAUACCAGUAUUUAGAAUGUAAUAUAUACCUGCUAAAUUUGCCUAAAUAAGUCGAUAUUUUGUAGGGCUGUGAAACUUUGGGCCUCACACGAUUCGAUUCUCAGUGGUAACGAUUAGAUUCAGAAUCGAUUAUCGUAUCAAACCGAUUCAAAAUCCAUACUUUUUUUAAUAACGUUGGGUGCCAGUUCUAUGACUAACUACAUUCCUCCAUAAAAUAGCAAACAAACAGCUCUGAUAAAUGUUUACAUUACUUAAACGAAAACAGGUUUUGUUUUUAACCUAAUUUAACCCAAACAUUUAAUAAAGUCAAAUACUAAUAAAAGAAGUAUCCAGCACUAAAUCUGUACAGCAGAUAUGAUCAUCUACAUCAACAAUAUGAUUUGUCUGAGUGGCUGGACAGGACAGAUAAAAAAAAUUGAAUAAUUGAUUUUUGAUUUUUUUUUUUAAUCCAUUAAGAAUUGUAACAAAUAAUCGUGAUUCAUUCAAAAAAAAAAUUUUUGGACACCCAUAAUAUUUUGGUAUAUCACUAUUGGUAACUUUAAGCACACUAUUGUUAGCAUUUUAGCUCAUUUUGCUAUUACUCUUGUCACUUGACGCUAUCUGGCCAGCGUGCUAACUCUUAGCAUUUCAGUUCACCUUUGGCUCUUCAGUGUUCACACAAAAUGUCUACCAGACUUUCAUUUUGUAGUUCUUUGGAAAAAAAUAUAUACCGCAUUUUUCGGACUAUAAGUCGCUCCGGAGUAUAAGUCGCACCGGCCGAAAAUGUAUAAUAAAGAAGGAAAAAAACAUAUAAGUCGCACUGGAGUAUAAGUCACAUUUUUGGGGGAA